UUGCUGACAUGUUGUUGUUGUUGACAUGUUGUUGUUGUUGUUGACAUGCUGUUGACCUGUUGUUGUUGUUGUUGACAUGUUGUUGUUGACAUGCUGUUGACGUGUUGUUGUUGUUGUUGUUGACAUGCUGUUGACAUGUUGUUGUUGACCUGUUGUUGUUGUUGCUGACAUGUUGUUGUUGUUGACCUGUUGUUGUUGAUGUAAGCGUCAUGCAGCAGGUUCCGUGGUGCAGCAGCAGGCGUGUCCCUGUGUUGGUAUAAAAGCGUGUGCUGGUUCCUGUCUUGGUCUAAGCGUGUGCUGCAGCUUCACGGUGAGUCGACUCCGUUUUUCUUCAUGUGACGCUGAUUCAGACAAACUUUAACAGGAAGUGUGUGUGUCUGCUCUCUGUGGGUUGGUGACUGAUGCUGAUGUUUGAGCAGUUUAAGAGUUUAGGAAAUUAUCAGUUUAGUCACGAGAAACAGUAAAUUUAAUGGGUUUAGCUGCAAAAACACAAAAAAUUCUGUCAGAUUCAGUUUCUCUGUUUUAUAUAAACUAAAUAUCUUUAUUUAAAACACAAAAUCAGACAGUGGAGACAAAAACUGGAACUUUUCUCAUCAUCAGAGUAAAUAUUAAUCUCAUUUAUCUGGAAGAAAAGAAUAUUUAAUUGUUAAAAAUCUUUUCAGUAUAAAUGUGAGAACAGAAGUGUCACUGAAGCUGCACUGGUUCAUGAUCUUCUUUUAGCACAAAGUUCUGCUGCUGGACUCUUUAGACAUCAUAGCAACGCUCAUUUCUGAUCAAACUGUUCUUUACACUCAUCGUAAUAUUCUGGCUUAAGCUCUGAAAUGUUUCCACUUUUUGACCUGAAAUUGUUCUUUUCCAGGUUUCAGGCAGUUAUCAAGAUGAACCAGACUCUAAAUGAGCGGAUAAAUAAUUAAAAAUUUACCAAACAACAUUAAAACCUGAACAGAAAGCUGAAAGUGUGUCGAUGUUCCAGACUCAGACAUGUGGACUGCUUCAUGCUCACAGAUGUGUGUGUCGAGGUGUCUGCGGUGUGUCGGCGUGUCUCUGGUUCCCAUGGCGAUCGUCUGCAUGCUGUCCAACGUCCUGCUGCUGUUUCCUGACCUGAAGGUCCACUUCCUGUUGGAGGGUCAUGUGACCAGAGAGGCUGCCUGGGCGACCGGCGUCUGGGGCUCCGGCAUCACGGUUCUACUGGGAGCUCGAGCGUUCAUCCAGAGCAGCAGAGAGAGAGGCUGCUGCGCCUUCAGGAGUCAGAUGUUGUGCCAGGUGCUGGUGUCCUGUGCUUGCCUGCUCGCUGCUGCCUCCUGCUGUCUGGUCAGUGCCACAGGUCUUUCUCAGGGUCCUCUGUGUCUCUACAACUCGUCCUCUGGUCCUACCUGGGGGGUUCCACUGCAGCCCCUCCCAGACAGACACUCGGGGUACCUGUACAACCGGACCCUGUGGUCGGGGGUGUGUCUGGAGCCUGACUCGGUAGUGCAGUGGAACGUGGUUCUGUUCAGCGUGAUGGGGGGAACCAGCGGCCUGCAGACGCUCCUCUGUGGGUUCAACGUCCUGAACGCUCUGCUGGGGCUGAUCCUGGGUCAGGGCUUCUGCCACAACAAGGUGAGGAGCAUCUGGAACAUCUGGUCUCCACUAUAUGAACCUGAAAGACAACAAUGGUUCUAA